AUGGUCACCACGCCCUCGAACAACCCCCGGCUAUCUAGGAGCCUAUUUCCCACGCCCAAGGGCAGGGUGGUGAUCCUCAAUGGAGCCUCGGCCUCAACAAAGGCCGCCGUCCUUGGGGCCCUUGAGCCACAGCUUGUCGACAGCAAAACUCAGAUAGUCGACAGUUACAUCAUGACCAAUACAGCCAGCUUGGAUCUGAUCGAAAGGGAACUGCGGUCUCACGCUCAAGUCCGAAUGUCCACAAAGGCCAAGACAUUCGACGCCAUAAAACAUGAGGUGUCGAAUUUUCCUCGAGUCGGUAGCGAGAGGAGGAUCGGCAAGGGUCAAGCCACGGAGAAACUAUGGACCAGCAUCACGGUGUCUGUGUAG